CUCAACGAUUAGUGUGUGUUUUCAUACCACAGUGCCAAGACAGAAAAGAGGAUGCACGUUUGAGUACUUAGCCUAAAGAGGUUUGGAGUAGAUCGGGGUAUUUUGGAUAUACAUUGUUUAUUUUAGUUGUAUCAAUAUGUUGAAAACUUACGGUAGGAAAGCGGCGUUCUCUGCCGCGGGCGCAACUUUCGCCUGCCUGGUCGUGCUUCUGGUAGUUGCACAGCAACAGCAGAGACUACAGGUGGAUGAAACGUCCAGCGAUAGUGAAGCGGGGAUGCGCUCGCUGCAGAGCCUCAGCGACCUGGGUGCAGAAUCGGACUCUGAAGUAUCGGUAAAUGACGGACAAAGCACCGAAUCGAGGAAAGGAUUCUCUGCGUAUUUCUCUAAAUUGAGUCGCGGUAGACGGGAGGUAGAGAAGCCCACACAGCCAACCAACUCUGCGACAAAUGAGCCUCCCGCUGAAGACAUCAGCGCGGAUGACAUCUUCAUCGCUGUGAAGACCACGAAGAAGUUUCACCGCUCCAGACUGGAUCUUCUCCUGGAUACAUGGAUUUCAAGAAACAUGCAGCAGACAUACAUCUUCACAGAUGGCGAGGAUGAAGAGCUGAAGAAGAAAGUCGGGAGCCAUGCCAUCAACACCAACUGUUCGGCAGCCCACAGCCGUCAGGCCCUGUCCUGCAAGAUGGCCGUGGAGUAUGACAAGUUCAUCGAGUCUGGGAAAAAGUGGUUCUGUCAUGUGGACGAUGACAACUAUGUGAAUGUGAAGACCCUGGUGAAGCUUCUGUCCCACUACCCCCACACCCAGGACAUGUACAUCGGCAAGCCCAGCCUGGACAGGCCCAUCGAGGCCACCGAGAGGCUUGGUGACAAUAAGAUGAGGCCUGUCCAUUUCUGGUUUGCCACGGGUGGUGCUGGCUUCUGCGUGAGCCGGGGAUUGGCACUCAAGAUGAGCCCAUGGGCAAGUGGUGGCCAUUUCAUGAACACCGCAGAGAAGAUCCGUCUCCCUGACGACUGCACCAUCGGUUACAUCAUCGAGUCGGUGCUGGGGGUUCCGUUGACCCGCAGCAGCCUGUUCCACUCUCACCUGGAGAACCUGCAACAGGUGUCCCGCUCGGAGCUCCAUAAACAGGUGACUCUGAGCUAUGGAAUGUUCGAGAACAAGAGGAAUAUCAUCAACAUGAAAGGGGCUUUUCCGGUGGAGGAGGACCCAUCCAGGUUUAAGUCCGUGCACUGUCUGCUGUACCCAGACACUCCCUGGUGUCCUCCCCAUCCCCAGGUUGCCCUGUAAAGGCGACCGGCUCCUUCAGUGGUAUCCUCGUCCCUUCUCUGCCUCGGUAUCUGACAGGCAGGAGGGACCAGUGUUUCAUGUGUUUCGGGGGUGCCGUGCGUGUGUACGCUGCCGCGUGUGCUGCAGCUAGAGCACGGCCUCUGAUCUUAUUGUUGUUGUUGUUGUUGUUUUUUAAUUCAUAUUUGGGCUGCUGUGCGGCCUUCAUUUGGUCACUUGCUUCCCCAUUGCUGGUGGCUGAGCUUCCUCUUCAUGGCUGAUCCCAGGUCAGUAGAGAGAGAGCGCAGAGGCCCCACAUAAGCAAGGGGAAGGGGAUUUUUUUUAAGUGUCCAAGCUUUGCAGGCAAUCAAUUCUGCUUUUUUUGGUCCUAAAAUGAAUUGCUUGUAUUACGAAUUUGUUUCUUUUUUUUGUGGUAUUUUGCAAUUCUCAUAGAAUGUACUGUUUAUGCAUGUAUCCAAGCCUUUCGCCAGCUUUGUUUUGUGCAUUUUUUUCUUUGCUUCAACUCAUUUUUUAUGUUAAGAAGAAUCUUUUAAAUGUUU